AAUGGGUUAGUAAAGUGCAGUCAAGUGUUAACCGAACAUGCAAGGCUCUACCCUGUUCUUUGUUGUCGUCUGCCUGGCGGGUAGCUGCGUGCUCGCACUGCCCCGGCCAGACGAUGCGCAGGCGGAGGUCAUUCGACUGGAGACGGACAACAAUGGCGUCGACAAAUACUCAUUCAACUAUGAGACGAGCAACGGCAUUGUGCGCAGCGAGGAGGGCGUGCUGAAGCCGGGCGUGGGCGAUGCCGAGGGCGUGCUCUCUGUGUCCGGCUCCAGCAGCUGGACGGCGCCGGAUGGCAAGAAAUACGAGAUUACCUUUACGGCUGACGAAACGGGCUACCAUCCCACCAUCAAGCUAGUUGCCUAGACACCACAACGGAUCCCUCGGAACACCACGAAAGACAAAACACCAAAAAUAUAAAACAGUUGAAAACAUUUUAAAUUAAAAUACAAAAAAAAAAGAAAGCAAUAAUAUGUAGAAGUGUUCCACUUAAGUAACAAACAUUUAAUACAAUAAUAAUACAAUAAAAAGCUAUGCAAAUUAUA